AUGGGCCAUACUGGCUCCACUGGUGCAAACCUUGUUCGCAAGUUCACCAAGGGCCCUUACGUCAUGCCUUCACCGAGAAUGGCGCCGCCGACAGGCCCGUUGAAUCUCGAUGUCGAGGCGAUUUCUGGGAUUUGCGGAUCAAUAUCAAUUGCCUGCUGGGUGGUUGUCUUCUCACCCCAAAUCAUUGAGAACUUCCGUCGCAAGAGUGCCGAGGGUCUGUCGAUUCAAUUCAUUGUCAUCUGGCUGAUAGGCGAUGUCUUCAACAUCUUGGGCGCGGUGCUGCAGGGCGUACUACCUACCAUGAUUAUCCUCGCCUUCUACUACACCAUCGCCGACAUCGUCUUGUUAGUGCAAUGCUUCUACUAUCGGGGCUUCACUUUGAGCGAUUAUGUGCCCACACAGCCGUCACCCCCACCUUCCCCUCCACAGAAGUUGAGACAGCGCAAUGGCCAACAUCUCUCACCACCGCCAACUGAACACACCGGCCUACUGAGCCGGAUGCCUAGCCACGAGCGCUUGCCUUAUCAUAGCGUUGAGGAGCAUGAGCGGCGCGAUUCUUGGACCCAUCUCUCCCCUGCAGUCCCGUUCGUACCCACCGAAGAACCCCUGCCGGUGCCUCCUCCUGCGCCGCCCACAUUCUGGCAGUCAAUUGCUUUCAACAGCCUCGCCAUCUUGAUGGUCUGCGCAGCUGGUGUAGCGGGCUGGUGGCUCAGCCGGAAUUACGAAGACCGCGUAGUCGGUGGAAGCCCCCCUAAUGGUGAUAGUCCAGUAGGGAAUGACCCCGUGGAUAUGGAUCCUUUGGGUCAGACAUUCGGCUGGCUAUGUGCGGUUCUGUACCUCGGGUCGCGGCUGCCUCAGCUUCUCCUGAACUGGCGGCGCAAGUCAACCGAGGGCAUUUCGGUGCUGUUCUUCUUAUUUGCCUGCCUGGGCAACCUCACCUAUGUGCUGUCGAUCCUGGCCUUCGAGCCUAGGUGCGUCGCGGACGAAAGCUGCCAGCCGGGGGAGGUUGCGCGCCUCUACUGGCAGAAUAUUUUGGUAAAUUCGUCUUGGCUGGCGGGCAGUGCGGGUACGCUACUGCUGGACAUGGCCAUUUUUGUUCAGUUCUUCUUGUACAACAAACCCGAAGAGGAAUAUGAGAGUAGUAGCAGUGACAACGGGAGUUCUGAUGAGGAGAGUCUGGAAGGAGAGUCCUGGGAUCAAAGGCCUCUUUUGGAAAGAGAAAGCACGGAAGUGUAG